AAAGAAACCCUUAAAUGCUAUAGUUUGGCACCCAUCCCCAAUUCAAUCCACCUGCUCCCAUCAAUGCCCUAUCUCUCUAGCUUUUGCCCACUUGAAAACACUGGUAUAAGUAUGCGUAUGUACGCUCAUUUUUCGUAUGAAUGCCGUCCAGCGAAAAGGGUCACAAGAAAUUGGGGCCCCAGAAACAAAUUUGACGUGAACAGUACAUUCAUUCUACACAAGCUGCAUGUCAAUUUGUUCAUGCCUUUUGUUUGAUGGGAUAUCUUUGAAGGGUUGUUGAUAUAUUGACUUGGAUUUUUUCUAUUUUUGAUAAUUGACAAGUAAAGUAUCUCAUUGUUGAUUGCUGGCUCUUGAUUUUUCCCUGGAGAAAAAGAUGGUUGGGAGUAUUGAAGCCCUAAGCAACAACUCGUACUCAAACGGGUCCUCACAAAACCCAAACGGUUUUGAAGACAAGCUAGACGAGCUCCGAAAAUUCAUUGGCAAAUCUGAAGGCGACCUUUUGAAGAUCGUCGGUGUUGGGGCAGGCGCUUGGGGAAGCGUAUUCACAGCAUUGCUCCAAGACAGCUACGGCCCGUUUCGCGACAAGGCCCAAAUACGGAUAUGGCGAAGGCCCGGCAGGGCUGUGGACCGGGCCACAGCCGAGCACCUCUUCGAAGUGAUCAACUCAAGAGAAGAUGUGCUGAGAAGGCUGAUAAGGCGUUGCGCGUACCUAAAAUAUGUCGAGGCCCGUUUAGGUGACCGUGUUCUUUAUGCAGAUGAGAUCUUGAAAGAUGGGUUUUGUCUUAACAUGAUUGAUACCCCUCUUUGCCCGAUGAAAGUUGUGACUAAUUUACAGGAGGCUGUUUGGGAUGCUGAUAUUGUGAUAAACGGGCUGCCCUCGACCGAAACCCGGGAGGUUUUCGAGGAGAUUAGAAAGUAUUGGAAGGAGAGGAUCACUAGCCCAAUUAUAAUAUCGUUGGCCAAAGGUAUAGAAGCUGAGUUGGGCCUGAGCCCUCGUAUAAUUACGCCCACGCAAAUGAUUAAUCAAGCAACUGGAGUGCCUAUAGAGAACAUUCUGUAUCUCGGUGGACCCAAUAUUGCUUCAGAGAUAUACAACAGAGAGUACGCAAAUGCUCGAAUAUGUGGAGCCGAAAAAUGGAGACUCCCUCUUGCAAAGUUCUUAAGGCAGCCUCAGUUCAUCGUAUGGGAUAACAGUGACCUUGUAACACACGAAGUCAUGGGAGGCUUGAAAAAUGUCUAUGCUAUUGGAGCCGGCAUGGUGGCAGCUCUAACUAACGAAAGUGCCACUGGAAAAUCGGUAUAUUUCGCACACUGCACAUCAGAAAUGAUCUUUAUUACUCAUUUAUUAACCAAAGAACCCGAAAAGCUUGCCGGGCCUUUGCUUGCCGACACAUAUGUAACUCUGUUAAAAGGUCGUAAUGCAUGGUACGGCCAGAUGAUUGCUAAAGGGCAACUGAGCCUCGAUAUGGGUGAUAGCAUUAGUGGCAAAGGAACUAUUCAGGGUGUUUCUGCUAUCGAAGCAUUUUACGAGCUUUUAAGCCAAAAUAGUUUGAAUGUAUUGCACCCUGAUGCUAACAAGCCAGUAGCCCCAGUCGAGCUGUGCCCGAUCCUGAAGAUAUUGUAUAAAAUUCUCAUCACCAGAGAACAAGGACCUCAAGCAAUACUUCAAGCACUCAGGGAUGAGAACUUGAACGAUCCACGGGACAGAAUCGAGAUUGCACAAACUCAUGCAUUCUUUAGGCCUUCACUUCUUGGGCACCCUUAAAUGAGUAAAAAAAUAAAAAAGGGUAUUCGAUAUUUGAUGAUCUAGUUGAAGGAUAUGACUUAAAACCAAGAGAGAUUAUAUCUUCUCAUACUAUGGAUGAUAUUUUUUUCUUAAAUAUCACUUGUUGCAAUGUACCUUCAUGAGGACAAUGUUGCAUGGGUAUUUGCAUCAUUUGACAUUUGGAUUAUUAAAUUAUUCAUAUAUUUGGCACAUUUGAAUUCUUUAAAAUCUUGCUGAAAAUAUGUUAAGAGG